UUUCAGCCAGACUUGAUUCUGUUACCGGGCAGACGCAUCUCCUGGGCGCGCUUGGAGCCCUGUGGGUGGUGGGGAGCCUUCGGGGAGGCCCCAGGAAGGUGCACACUGCGGCCAGGGGCUGGGCUAUCUUGGGUCCUGGAGGCUGGCUCCCUGGGGGGCCAGGGGAGCAGUGGGGUGCUGCUGUCUGACUGGCAGCCCUGGGAUGAAAACUCCCUCACACUCUUGAGAAUGAGGCAGAGGCUGUGCCGGCUUUGCCUUGCAGGGGUUUGAGCCAGAAUCAGGCAGCUGGCCAGUGGGCCUUGUUUGCUGGCCUUUGUUCUAAGAUGUGAAGAUGAACCAGCAAAGGAGACUGAAGAGCGGCCCCUGAGAUAAGGUUGCCUCAGAAACUAAGUGAAGCAUCGUCAAGGAGGGUGUGAUCAGCAGAUCACAUAGUGCUGGCCUGUGACGAAGGUGUGGAUUGAGAACCAGACAUUAACAGGAAGGCCGCCAGCGAGCUGCUGGUGUGUGAGCCUGAUGAAGUCCUCCGAUAUCGAUCAGGAUUUAUUUACAGACAGUUACUGCAAGGUGUGCAGUGCACAACUGAUAUCCGAAUCUCAGCGCGUGGCUCAUUACGAGAGUCGAAAACAUGCAAGCAAAGUCCGACUGUAUUACAUGCUUCAUCCCAGGGAUGGUGGGUGUCCUGCCAAGAGGCUCCGGUCAGAAAAUGGAAAUGACGCUGAUAUGGUGGAUAAGAAUAAGUGCUGUACACUCUGUAACAUGUCCUUUACCUCGGCAGUGGUGGCGGACUCACAUUAUCAAGGCAAAAUCCAUGCCAAAAGGUUAAAACUGUUGCUAGGAGAGAAAACACCACUAAAGACCACAGCAACACCCCUGAACUCACUUAAGCCUCCGAGGGUGGACACUGCUCCAGUGGUCGCAUCUCCCUAUCAAAGACGAGAUUCAGACAGAUACUGUGGACUCUGUGCAGCCUGGUUUAACAAUCCUCUCAUGGCCCAGCAACAUUACGAUGGCAAGAAACACAAAAAGAAUGCAGCAAGAGUUGCUUUAUUAGAACAACUUGGGACAACUCUGGACAUGGGGGAACUAAGAGGUCUGAGGCGCAAUUACAGAUGUACCAUCUGCAGUGUCUCUCUAAACUCCAUAGAACAGUAUCAUGCCCAUCUGAAAGGAGCUAAACACCAGACCAACCUGAAGAAUAAGUAGUGAAAACAUCAAUCAAGAGAUGAGAAAAAAAAAAAAAUGUCAGGAUUUCUCUGCCCUGGAGAAUUGCUUAUCAACCACCAGAGGAGGAUUCUUUCUUGAACAAUGAACAUUUCUUAUGAGGAUUCACAGAUUAACAUAUAACUAAUCUUAGUUUUGGAGAGCAAGUGAGCUUUGUUGCUUUCUUUCUUUUAAUUUUGUGGUAAGUUAUGAUAUUUGGAUGGAUUUUUUAAUUCUUUCCUGAUUAUCUAUUUAGCACAUGUUCUCAAUUAUGAUUCUAUAGCAAACAGUGGGAACUUCAUUCAAACUUAAAGACAGUGGGAAGAUCUAAAUUUCUAAUUUAUUCUAGAUUUCUUCAACAUAUAAUUAUUUCAUUAAAUCCUUGAUGAUAGAGAUGUGAAGCACCUCUUUCAAGACAUAAACAUUAUUUUUUCAUCACGCUGAACAUGAUUGGUGGCAACAUGCACAGAAGCAGAAUGAAUCACUACUAGUAGAAGAUAUAUAAUGGACACAAAUACAGCUCCUUCAUUUCACCUUCAAAACUGUGAGCCAGGUUUGCCAUCUGAACAACAAGAAUAAAGAGGGUGAAAAUCCUUUUUUUCUGAUCAUUCAAAGAACAGUUUCUCAAGGUUAAGCCAAGUCCUCUUUGCAAGCUGCCAAAAUAAUAGCUUAGGAAAAGAAUUAGUUUGCCUGCAUGAUGAUCCUCUUAGGCAAAAAAUGUCUUAACAGCAGUUGACCUUGAUGAAAUGUUUUCCCAAAGGCAGCCAAGAGAAGAAUUACAAAAACCCCUGAAUGAGAGGGAAAUAACUGAAUAUUUCUUAUGAAGUUGGCCUGAAUUGUGGGCUCUGAUGUGGGGUGCUGAUGAUUUGGGAAGAAUUGCCUAAGUCCUGAAGAAAUGACAGCCUUGGGUAUGGUGAGUCCCCCUAUUCCUCUGUUUCUCACUGAAUCCUCUUGCUGAGCCAAGGCUCAGUCACUUGGAAAGAACACCACUGGCCAGUAUGACAGACUGGAAAACUGUUAAGCUCUGAUGGGGAAUGCCUCUGAGUAUAAAUUCUAAAGCUUUCUCUGGGUUUAACUCUUCUUCGUCGUGACUGGAUCUGGUGUCCUGCAGGCUGGCUGCGGAAGUCAGACAUGUAACUUCUAUUCACAAUGCUUCUCAGUGCUCUGACUGGGGUUGCCCUUUGUACAUUCUGACCACAGGCAAUUGAUCUCCUGGUGUCAGGAUUUUCUGGAUGUCUCUUGUUUUUCCACAGAGAGCUGAGGUGGUUACAGCUCAUUGAGCAAUAAAUUAAAUGACUUACAAAUGCACAGUAUUGUUACAAAGGUGUUUGAAAGUUGGCACCAUUUCCUCAAGAGAGCCCACUCAGGAGGGGCCAGGGCUGCCAGCUUCCGUGCCUACAGAGAGAAUCAGCUACACCAGCCACAUGCUGUGCCCUGGGAAGGAAGGAGGGUUUGAUGGGAAGCAGUCUAUUUUGUUGUUUUGGAAAGCACAGAACAGAGCUACAAACCUGCGAUGACGACUCUUCUGCCAAUGUGUGAAAUAAUGCUUUAUUUGUCAAUUCCGCUGUACAAUAAGCACUGUCCAAGUAAAAAACAAAAAACAAAUCGAAACAGCCCCCCCCCCAAAAAAAAAGAAAACACACACACAAAAAAACCAAAACAAAACUUUGUUUCUGUUUGUUUAGUGAGGGAGCUCAUACCCUCGAGUUUUAUUUUUUUGUUUUUGUUUUUUUCCUUUACUUUAUUAAUGACCUGAUAUAGAUGAGUCUAUGAACAUAGAUCUCUUUUGCCUUAUAGAGAGGCAUGCCAAACCCUUUACAGAUAAGCUCCUGGGUUUAAUAAUCAGAUUAUUUCAGAAUGAGGAAUUCUGAGAUCUCAGAAUCUCAGAAUUUCUCAUCUAAAUAUCAUCGCUCCUUGGCAACUUGUCAAGUGAAAGUGAAUAUCCAACCAGAGAUUUUGUUUGUUUUCAAAUUUCUUUUUUUUUAAUUUUUGCAUAAGUAAGGGAAAUUAUUGUUCCAAUAUACCAUGGAGCUGACAUACUAAGUUUUAAACAAGAACAGCCUAUGAAUGUUAUUUAUAUUUUUGGAAGUCUUCGAUGGAGACCUCUGCUUGGAAAGCUAGUUGUUUGUUUUUUUCUGUUCUUAUUUAUUAUUAGUCAUAAUAGUAGUAGUAUGGUUAUAUUUAAUUAGGUCAUGUCUUACAUUCCAAUUCAUUAUGGAACCAAUGGGAGUGAGAUGUAAGGUAAAUAAUUUAAAAUAGCCAAAUUAAUUCUGGCAGAGAGGCACAGACCCAUGGGGACCUGGCACAUGCGGAGCUGCUCAGGUAGGGGUAGGGCCCCAUGGUGUCAGCAGAGAUUCCCAGAGAGAUAAGAAUGAAUCCUGGGAUUUCCCAUUAAACUUCAAUCCAAGGGACCUAGGAGAAAACUCUAUUUGAAAGAAACUACCUAAAUUAUCAGUAUAGAAACCCUUUUCACUAUUCCAGAGUACUUAGAGUAAUGGCAACUAAAGUAACCAACUACUGCCAUUUGAAAUUUUGUCCCAGGGAGGGAAAAAUGUUGCAAAAUUAACAACUGCAGAAGCCUAACUGCACCUUUUAUUAGAGUGUUUUUUUUUUUUUCUCUGUAUUUAAAAGGAUUCUUGCUAAGUGGUUGAAAUCAUCUAUGUCUUCGUAUAGAGACAAAAUACUCCUACAGACCUGGUCAUAGAAUUCACUUAACUUUUCAAAGUUUUUUUCCUUAAGUUUAGAGGUGAGCUUCUGACUAGCAUCUGUGCCAGUGGCCACAAAUGCCAUGGUAACAAAACCCGAAUUAAUGAGUGUUCAUUAUAUAUAACCUCCGUAGCCCAGUGCACUAGUAAAUAUCAUCAUAAAGCAAUCUGCUAAGUAGAGAGGACCGCAGUGAUCCCUUUGGCUGAUAAAAAUAGUAAUAAAACUCUCAUCUGCAAUUGUUUGGCCACAAAGACCCAUAUAGGAUUUGUUUUUCAUUUGCCUCUUAGAUAACAUAUAAACAUAAAUUGGACCUGCAAGGGUCUUUAUACCAUUCUACUGAAUUGAGUUUAUUAGAUCAUCCAGACCAAGAGAAGAAGAAUAUGAGACAGAUGAAAAAUGCUAGGACUCCCUGAGGUGAAUUUGAGCCCUGGGGAGGGGCAGUAGCCACCCUCCCCCAAAGCUGAUCUUUGAGGGAGGCAUUCCUGACAAGUCGCUGUGAGCACAGCAUCUUUAAACUCCAGUAACAAAAUUAACUUUCUGAACUGUCAGGUAAUGAAAUAACCACCCUCUCUACAUUCUAUUCAGACUAAAUUAUCCAUUGUUUGACCAGCUCAGACAAAGAAUUGAUUGUUGUUCUUUUGUGACCAAAAUGAGAAGGAUUUGAUCCACAUAUUACUAUGGGGACAGAUUUUUUUCUUUUUUUUUUUUGGCUUCUUACCUAAUUUAUUCAGGCUAAAGUCAUGCUAAACUACCUCAUAGGUUUGUGGUGUGAAUUAGCUAAUUAAUAAAUUUCAAGUGCUUAAAAAUAUAAAUCUCUAUAUAAAUGCUGCCUUAGUUGGCUUUCUAGUUUAAGAUGUGCAUGUCAAAGUAACUAUCUAUAUAUUUCAUUGUAAUAUUCAUGUUGGUAAAUUUGUCUUUAAACUUAAUAUACAAAUAUCUUGAUGUAAAAUGCAACUCUGAGAGCCCCAGUAUGGACUCAAACUCAAGCUGGCAAAUGUAGCAACUAGAAGCAAAACCAAAAUGUUUUCUUAAGCAGAUUUUAAAGCAGGCAUUCACAAAGGUCGGGGGUGGGGGUGGUUAACACUGGUUUUAAAGAGUGUAUUAAGUAAUUUUGUAUUAUAAUAAUUAAAAUGCCAAAACAUGUCAGUGAUUUAUAUUUAAAAAUUAAUUAUAAUGGGUUUAAGGUUAGGAUAAUGAUAACACAUUGAGUGAAACACAGAGGGAAGAGUUAUAACUACUCCACAUGUUUCUGAAUGCCUACCAGAGAGGUUGUUUGGGUGGACAUUGGCUUUGAUUUGUAUCUUCCUAGAAAAACGUUGAACACUGUCUUUUUGAAAGGGUAUAACCUAAACAGAAAGGAAAGGAAUUAAUACCUCACCAUCCUUAGUAACAUCAUCUGAAGGGUCUAUGGCAGCUAUUUAAAAACUAAAUUUACUGUGGUCUACUUUGCUGCCAUUUUUUUCCUGUAUGAUUAAUUAUUCCUUAGUCACUAUUCUGAGUAGCAGUUUUAUUUGCUAAUUUCAAAUGCCUCAACUUAAUUAGCAAUUCAUUCUGACCUUUAGAAAACACAUUCUAUCGUCUUCAAAUUGUAUGAGUGAAGGGGAAGAAUCCUAUUUCACCUAUUCCCCCACUUCCAACUAUCACUAACAAAUUACAUCGUUUCUGAAGAACUAAGCUAUUGUUAUACACCAAACCUGGACAUCAUCUGCACUUGUCUGAAGUCCAGCUCAGAUUUCCUCAUUGCGCAGGUGGGCACUAGGCUCCGCAGAGGCUGUGUCAACUUCAGAAUGUUUAAGUAAUGUACAAAUGUAGGAUAUUUGGCUGCUAAAUUUAUUCAUUUUUUAAUUAAAGAAAUAAAAGUGAAAUUGAUACACACAA